ACUUCAGACCUGUCCAAGCCACAGGUUACCCCGAAUAGAGCUUGACAAGUGAUGAGGUCAGCAAUACUGCGGGAAAAUAUUUCUCAACCGUUAGAUCUAUGUUCGUAAAUUUUGAACCUAACCGUCCGAUCAGCUUUCCAAUGACAAAACAUUUAAAAAACAAUGAAAUCUCUUAAAUCCCACCCAGCUUCUCUGCUACACUGUCCGAAGUCGUGACGAUGGAGAACGUGCUUGAUCUUCAACAAACUCCAAAGGAGGAGCAUCCUCCGCAGAUACAAGAGCUUCCCUUCUAUCUCCUACCGUACCCUCAGAUGAUAAUGGAAGCGAUUGAAGCGUCGAAGGGAUGCAGCAAAACGGCGAUUUUAAAGCACAUCGAGACAACACAGACACAUUUACCACCGUCUCACCUGACGCUUCUCGACUACCAUCUCAACCAGAUGAAACACUCAGGGCAGCUCGUGUUUGUGAAAAACAAUUACACGAAGCCGGUUCAAAAGCCGAAACCUCAGGGAGAUUCAAGCCACGUGGCGGCGGUCACGACGUCUCAAUAGGUGGUUUAUUCGCUGAGGCUUAGAGGUCGUCUUCCUCUUAGCUUGACGGAGGAGAAAGCAAAGGUACCGCCGAGUGUUUCCGGGAGACCACGAGGACGACCACCUAAGAAGAAGCCGAAGAUGGUUCAAGAAGGCGAUGACGGAGAGAAACCUCAGGGAGAUAUAUUUGUUCGUCGAGGGCGUGGAAGACCACCGAAAAUGAAAUUGCUCUCCAGCUUGCUUGCAGAAUUAGCUUAGAUUACAAACUUUUGUGUGUAAUUUUGAAUUUUGGGGGUUGAGUAGAGAAAAAAUGACGUUUGGACAAUGUAAUUGGACUUUGCAUGUUUUGUUCAUGUAUAAAGUUUGCGUAUUUAAUCUUUUAUCCUCUUCUUGCUGAAAAGAAAAA